AUGUCCAAGGACGACGUGGGCUGCAAGUUGACCUCGGUCUACAAGCACAAGGAGAGGAAGCCGAAAAAGCCUCACUACAUCCCGAGGCCAUGGGGCAAGCCGUACAACUACAAAUGCUUCCAGUGCCCCUUCACCUGCAUGGAGAAGUCCCACCUCUACAACCACAUGAAGUACAGCCUGUGCAAGAACUCCCUCUCCCUCCUUAUUGAGUCUGAAUGGCCCUACAAGAAGGGCAACCUGCUGCACCCAGAGCUGCGGCUGCUGCACGCAACGGAGACCUCCUGCCUGCGCGGGCAGCGGGACGAGCAGGAGACCUGUGACUCCUCAGCCACGUCAGCAGGGUCGGUGAGGGCCAAGCAGAACAUCAGAGACAGCCACAAGGACAAGCCGAUGUCAGCGGUGGACAUCCUGCCUGCUGGUGAGGGGGCUGGUGAAGAAGGUGGCCAGUUCCAAGAGGAGGAGGAUGAUGUUGCUGGCCUGUUGAGGGAGAUGGGGGAAAAGAAGGAGAAAACUGAGGAGGCAGGUUGCCAAGGUGACCCAACUGAACCAGAAGUGAAUGCUUUGGUCUUGGGUUUCAAGAACAAGAGGGAUAAGCCUUGCAAGGAGGUGGAGCCCGACUUCAUUAUCACGGAUGUCUUCUCCCUCAAGAACCAUGUCAUGAAAAGCAGGGAAAUGACCUCCCCAGACCUAGAUGCUAAGCCAAAGCAUUGCAAAGCGCCAAAGAAAUGCCUGGCCAGCAGCGGGAUCCUUAUGGAGCAGUGGAAGCUGGUGGCAAAUGGGCAAAGGAGGAACACACCUGAGGUUUCUCCAACUUGUACUGACAGCAACAUCAUCCCAUGCUACCCCCCUCCAGCCUACGGUGACUACCACGAACCUCAGGGCCUCAACCUCUCACUGCUGGGUAUUAACUACCCAUUAAACCCCAGCCUGUUCUCCUACCUGAGCCCCACCAUGGCCAACAGUGCUACAACACACCAACACUUGGCUCAGCUGCCCUUCCUGGCCUCCACGGCCCAGCUGAUGCACCCACAUGCCUCCCACUUCCAGCCUCUGCAGAGCCCUGAGCGCUCAGCCUUCCUGCCCCGCUUCUACUACCCCUUGCUCUUCGAGCACACCUUCGUCUCCACGGAAAGCAAGAUGCCCUCCAGCAAGCCAGAAGCCCAGCAGCUGGUGGGCUCUGUCAUGCCCACACCGCCCCAAGCAAAACCUCCCAGUGAGCCAACCAAAUCAGGGCUGCUGAAGGUCCCAGUUCUGAAGACAGGCUUUCCUUGGUCCAAAGGUGUCAGAGAGGAGCUGGCCUCUGAGCUCAGCCACCCUGCCAUGCUGGGGCAGGAGGAAGAGGAGAAAUGGUUGUCCCAGGAGAAGGAGAGCAGCCCUGCACUGGGCCUCAGCAACCUAUGCAAAAAGCCAUCUACUGACAUCUACCAAAACACAGUGGGGAUGAAGGAUGGUGCUUUCGCCCCCAGCAGUGUCCGGAAGACAGAGCUACCGAUGGUGACCUGUCUAGAGACCAACAGCCCUCCAGGCAACUCCCUGAAGAGGAAGUUCUCUGCCAAUGGGCUGGAUUUGAUAGGACCCGAAAGGCUGAUGCCUGGAAAACUCAGCUACCAGAGCAGUGGUUCAAGGGCCAACCCUGGCCACAUCCCCAAAGCCCUGGACCACUGGCACAUGGAGGUCCUUGCAGGCCAACCUGAGGAACUAGAGAGGGGCAACAACACUGAAGUUCUUCCCUCUGUGGGUGCUGGCCUGGACCAAGGCCCCUGCAAGCAGAGCAGACCCCAAGAGACUUCUGCCACCAUGACAGACUCUGAGGCCACAAACGUGCUUAUAGGGGACCUGUCCAAAACCUUAGAGGAGUACCAAGAGGUGGAGAAGAAGCUCUCUGAUCUGGCAAAGGAGGACACCCCUGGGCAAAAGGAGCUGAGGGACCAGCUGGUCAAAAUCCGAAGGGAGCUCUACCACAUCCACCAGGCACUGGAGAAAGCCACCAAACCCCAUGAGGGACCUCUGGACCUCUCAGUGAAGAGAUCCUCGGAAGGUCUGGAGAAGGUCCAGCAGGCCAAGAAGGAGCCCUGCAACAUGAGCUUGGGAAGUGAGAAGCUCCACGGCAAAGACCAAGGGGCCCUCAAAUGUACAGCCCCCGGGGAGGCUGGAGACGGGGGGGAGCUGCCAAACUGCCUCCUCGAGGCUGAGAACAAAACCAUCGACCUGCUGAUCAAGAUGAGCCACUCCGAGAGCCUGCGAGCAUCCUCCUCGGAAGCCCACCUGGGGGCUGUCAUCAAGGCUGAGGUCCUACCCCUCACCAUGCCCCUGGAGCUCCGGAGUGUGAUGGAGCCCUACUACAGCCGUACCACCAAGUGUGAGGCCGACUCCAGUGUCCUCCUGUGCUCUGAUGGCAGGUCCAGCGCCAGCCAAGGCCCUCAGCUCCUGGUCCCCGCCGAGGACAUGCCACUGGGCUGCCGGGCCAUGCAGCGCUCCCUGUCCUGCAGCCUUCCCAGUGAGACAGACGCAGGCUGUGUCCACAGCCCUCUGCAUGCCGACCCCUAAGUCCACCUCGCUCGAAAGCUCCUGGAUCUCACUGACCACCUCAUGUUCCACCUCUCUGCUCUCCCUCUCCCCCAUGGAUGAAAGCUUAACCACUGCCUGGCUGGGGACAUGUUUUGUGGGGUCCCAGCCAGCUCCCCCCAGCUGACUUGCUCCCCCCAGUCUUGCUCCCAGCUGACUCCACAAGGUGUAAAAAGCCAG